AUUUGCGGGCGACGUCUCAACAUAGAAGGGAAAGCAACAAUGGAGGCUUUUACAACGGAACUCGAGGGGCUUCUGAAGCAGGUCACCGGCGGAGAUACCGCCCGCUUGCAAACGGCUACUUCGACCUUGUCUACGAAGUACUUCACGCAAGUGCAGUGUAUUCCGGCGUUAUUCGAGAUUAUCACACGCCAAACGGAUGCUCCGGUCCGCCAACUGGCCGCUGUCGAACUCCGCAAGCAAGUGAAGAAGCAGGAUGGCGCUUGGUGGGAGUCACUUGAUGUCAAUGUGCGGACGCAGAUCAAAAACACCAUCUUGCAGGUGGUGUUGGCUGAACCAAGCAAGCCCGUCCGCAACCAAUUGGCACGCGUAGUGUCGGAGAUAGCCAAUAUUGAGAUCCCGAAAGAGCGAUGGAAUGACCUGCUGUCCUUCCUUUACACAUGCUGUCAGAGCACCGACGCCGGGCAUCGCGAGAUCGGCGUGUAUUGCAUUGACGCCUUGUUCGAAGUGAUUGCGGACAUGUUUUUGGACCGUAUCCCGCAAUUUUUCGAACUGUUUUCGAAGACGUUGGUGGACCCGGAAAGUCUGCAGGUCAGGUUGACCACCUUGAUGGCGCUUGGAAAGCUUGCAGAGUACGUGGAUCCCGAUGGUCAUGCUGAGAUCAAAGCAUUCCGGGAUCUGUUGCCAGGAAUGGUGGCAGUUGUUCAGCAAUUGGUGGCAAAUGGGGACGAAGAUGACGCGGUGCGCGGAAUGGAGGUCUUCGACAGCUUACUGUUACUCGAGUCACCUUUGGUGUCACGACAUAUGCCCCAGCUUGUUGAAUUCUUCGUUGGAAUUGGGGGGAAUAAGGACAACGCACCGAAGGUUCGAGUCGCUGCACUCUCCUUCCUGAUGUGGUCCGCUGUUUAUCAGAAGAACAAGAUCUCGAAGGCGAAGCUGGUUACACCUCUGAUCGCAAGCGUGUUUCCUAUUAUCUCCGAGGAGGAUGAUGCGGAUGACGAUGAGGAAGACAACCCCGGCCGAGUAGCGCUCCAGCUCAUCAACUCCCUGUCCACCAACUUGCCUCCUCAGCAAAUCUUCCCUGACUGCAUGCGCCACGUCGUGCAGUACAUGCAGAACCCCGAUCCCAACGCUAGGAAGGCGGCCAUGUUGACUUUCGGCUCGCUCGUGGAUGGCUGCGCUGAACACAUGCGCAGUCAGAUCAAUGACUUGCUGCCGCUCUUGUUCACAGGUCUGCAAGACCCAGAGGGUAUCGUUCGAAAGGCGGCAUGCUUGGCGCUAAGCUCCCUCGCCGAAGAGCUAGCAGAAGAGAUUGCGGAACACCAUGCGACAUUGAUGCCGUUGAUCCUCAAUCUUCUCAAUGACCCUAAUGAAAAGAUUCAACGGUCAUCCUGCAAUGCCCUGGACGCCAUCUUGGAGGGCCUGGGCGACGAGAUUAUGCCGUACCUGCCGACUCUGAUGGAGAAGUUGAUCUUUUUGGUCGAUAACGCGGCGCAAACUGUCAAAGGAGUCGCGAUUGCCAGCAUUGGAUCUGCAGCCCACUCCGCCGGUGACAGCUUCCUCACGUAUUUCCAGGAGGUCAUGCCUCGCCUCAAAUAUUGCAUAAGCUUGCAGCAGAAGGAGGUGUUUGACCUGAAGGGCCUGGCUACCGACACUGUCAGCGCCGUUGCGGAAGCCGUCGGCAAGGAAGCAUUCAGACCUCAUUUGAACGAGAUCAUGACCAUCGUCCUCCAAGGACUUGAAUUGAAUGACUCCCGGUUACGCGAAUGCAGCUACGUCUUCUUCGCUGUCGUUGCCCGAGUGUAUGAGGAAGAGUUUGCGCCAUUCCUUCCUGUCAUCAUCCCACAGCUACUGAAAUCCUGUAACGAGGAGGAGAAGCUGCCUACUGAAUGGGAGGAUGAGGAGGAUGAGGACAUCUCUUUGGAAGCUGAUGAGGCGGAAGAGGAUCUUCGUGCGGCGUUCAGCGUCAGCUCCGCCAUUGCUGAAGAGAAGGAAUGCGCCGUGGACGCGCUUGGUCACAUCUGCGCUGCAACCCGCUCCGCCUUCAUGCCGUACGUUGAGACCAGCGUCGAAGUUUCGAUCAAGCUCCUGGCACACCACCACGAGGACGUGCGGAAGUCGGCUGUGGACGCUCUGUUCGCAUUUAUGCUGACAAUGCACAAAAUGACCAACCCCCCAAAAUGGGUGCCUGGUCUGCCACUGCAGAUCCCCAUCGACCCUGUCGUCGCAGGAUUGGUGAAGCUGUCGAUGGACGCUAUGAUCGUGUUGCUGGACAACGAAGAAGAUCGCAGCGUUGUUGCCCAGACUUUCAGCGAGCUGACGGAUGCGCUGCAGCAGAUGGGACCCGCGGUCCUUGCUGACCGUCUGCAAUCUCUGGCGGAGAACGUGUUGUUGGUUCUGCAAAAGGAACAUAAAUGCCAGUUCGAUAUGGAGGCUCAGGAUAUCGAAACUGCGGAGGCGCCAGGAACUCCCCUCCGCCGUGGCGCUGUUCCUGAUGACGAUGACGAACAAGCCGAGUACGAUGCCAUCCUUAUCAACAAUGCCGCAGAUCUUGUCGGUACUCUCGCCAAAUCCCUCGGACCGGACUUUGCCCCAUUCUUCCAAAACUACCUCCCAUUAAUCACCAAGUACUACAAGAAGACCCGCCCAACAUCGGACCGCAGCCUUGCGACUGGAGUCAUUGCGGAGUGUGCGUUUGGCCUGAAGAAGGGAGUCACGCCGUUUACUAUGGAUAUUUUGCAGCUGGUCAUGAAGGCCCUCGGAGAUGAGGAAGACGAAGUGAAGAGCAACGCGGCGUACGCCAUUGGCGUCCUCGUGGAGAACAGUGACAUGGAUCUGAGCAGCUACUACAUGCAGAUCCUGCAAUCCCUUCGACCAAUGUUCGACACGCACGGCAAAAUCGCUGGCAACUUGGCCGACAACGCGUCAGGCGCCGUUUGCCGUAUGAUCAUGAAGAACCCGUCUCUCAUCCCAUUGGACCAAGUCCUUCCUGUUGUUCUCGACAACUUGCCACUGAAGAAGGACUACGAGGAGAAUGAGCCUGUGUACAGGUGCAUUUUGCACCUUGUCAGGACCAACAACCCAUUGCUCCUUCAGAACAUGCCCAAGCUCCUUAACAUAUUUGCCCAAGCCCUCAGCCCACCGGAAGGACAACUUAAAGACAACACCCGUGCCGAAAUCCUGGAACUGUUGACAACGCUCAAGACGCAUCACCUCGAAAGCUUCCAGACUAUGGUUGCUGGUAUGGACCCGGCGCACGCACAAAGUUUGGCUGUUCUUCUGCAGUAGAGCGCCCGUCGGACGAUGCAAGCCUUUAUGACACCGAGUCGCGUUACGCUGGCAUCGCGGCGUAUUGACCAGCCGGACUGAGGGUCCAUAUUUGUCCUCACCACCUUAACUAUAUUUGCGUCACAGUCGCAUCAAGUGCCCAAGGGAGACGAGUGAAGCUUGCCCACCCUCAUGGGCUGACAACCGCCCACUUCAUAUAUAUUUUACACCGGAGCAGACUGGCUAGCGCUAGUAUCCCAACAUAUUCCCAGCAGGCGCGACCUCCAUUCCUCA